AUCAGGCCGGAAAAGACGGAGGGAGCCGUAUGAAAGGUUUUGGCCCCACCCACAGUGUCAGAGAGAUAAAAUGAAUCGCCCACGGGUUUGUUUGGGGUCGCGGGUUGUCAGUGGCCAUUGAGCCCAAAAGCUGCGAGUUUUUCCCUGUCAUCCCUCCACACGUUCAGUAUGGUUCAGAUAUCUCAGGUCUACCAGGAAACAACUGUCUGUAGCAUGCCUUUGGUCGGUCUCGACAUGUGCCCUGCACCGAACUGCAUUCAGAAUUCUCUCUAUUUCAUGUUUCCUCGCGUACUGGCGAAAGUGUGCACAACUUUUAUGUGAAUUAAGAUCUUGUUAUGGAUCAAUAGAAACCACUUUUCAGUUCGGCACACGCGUAGGGUUUUAAACAAGCAAUUAAUUCGUGGAAAAUUACGACUUUUAAUAUUGCUACGCCAGAUGGUGUUAUCCAAUUGAAGAUAUACUGUCCAAGGCGGAUAACGAACGCGAGCAGUCCCCCUGUAAAUGUGGCAUUUUAUUGCGAAAAAUGUUGUAUUGCUAAUUUUAUGGACGCCGAAAAAAAAGCGGGCACCGAUAAGUGGAAGUGGUAUCGAGUCAUGCUUUAUGAGUCAUGUAUUUUGACCGAUAAGUAAGGGCGAGUUUAAAUCCCCAUACUUUCAAAAGGAGUACGUCACGGGGAUGCGCUAGACUGGAGACUACUCUCAUCUUUCCCACAGGAGGCUCUGCUUCCCAACCCCUUUGUUCAGUCUAGCCGGUGGGUUGAGUCAGAGGGAGGCUGUGCUAACCCAACAAAUCCUUACCACUGUGGGGAAACCCGACAAGAGCCAGGGGAGGCCGGAAAAGAAAAAAAGAAAUAUCUAAGGUUGACCUAAGAGCGUCCAGAAGACUGCUGGCGUGUUACAUCGGGGCCAGACAACAGAAAAGUUGGCUCUGAGUGUUGCUGAUGCUGCGUUUCAUUUCGGAAAACCGUCGGGACCCGUGCGCCAGCGGUCGGCUACUGAAAAACAGCGAUACAUGUCGACCAUCCUCGCCCCUUCGGCGGCCGCUCCAGCUAUCACCGUGAGAGACGAACCGGCGGGCUCGCCGCUACGCCGGCGCCGGUGCGUUGCUGACCCCGAGCGGUAGUUGCCAUCAUCCGCCGAUCCACGCUGGCUCUCCUUUCAGCUUCUGCUCAGCAUCCAUAUUUGCAUCCCAGGGAGUGGCAACCACUAAUCCCCCCUCAUUCAGGCAAGAAAUCGAAAGUUGGCCGGCUGUCGGACGCCCCUCGGACGCUUUAAUUUCACCUAGGAAGCGGCUAAACAUGGAGAGCGACAGCCACCACUCCCACAUCUAGUGCCUGAUCCACAAGCCUUCAGCACCCAGGGAGGAGCUCUCAGGUCCCCGGCCGUCUCCCCGCCACUGUAGAAUGAAUAUGCUCAAGUCCAGUGGACUGAAAAUCCCUGGCCGUGGUCCCAAGCAUUCCAGCCCAGUGGGGAGGACCUCAGCGGGUGGAACAUCCAGCCCCGUUGUCCCUAAAGACAACACUCCACUGAAGCCCACCACGCCAACUAAAAUCUCUGAAGAGGGCGAUGAUGUUUUGGGGGACUACACGGUGGGUGAACAGGUCUGGGUCAACGGCGUCAAACUGGGAGUUAUCGCCUACCUAGGGGAGACCCAGUUUGCCCCGGGACAGUGGGCAGGCGUGAUACUGAAUGACCUAGUUGGCAAAAACGAUGGUUCAGUGGGUGGCGUGCGCUACUUUGAGUGCCAGCCCCUCCAGGGCAUCUUCACGCGACCCUCGAAGCUCACCCGACAGCCGGUCGGAGAAGGGAGCGACAGCCACUCCACUGACUCAAUCUCUGCCCAGAAUCAGACUCAGCAGGGUGGCAGCGCCGCCCCCCCUGGCCAGCGGGUGGUAGUGCCCCUCAGGGAGGGCCUGCUUAACAGCGCUGUGAAAACAGGCAACGAGUCUGGGUCCAAUAUGUCCGACAGCGGUUCAGUGAAGAAAGGUGGAGAUAAGGAUCUUCGAGUUGGAGACCGAGUUUUGGUCGGAGGCUCAAAGAUGGGAGUCAUACGCUACAUGGGAGAGACAGACUUCGCCAAGGGUGAAUGGUGCGGGGUUGAGCUAGAUGAGCCCCUGGGGAAGAAUGACGGUGCGGUAGCUGGUACAAGAUACUUCCAGUGUCUUCCCAAGUUCGGCUUGUUUGCGCCGAUCCAUAAGGUGAUCCGCAUCGGCUUCCCCUCCACCAGCCCGGCCAAGGCUAAGAAGAGCAAGCGGGUGGCCAUGGGGGUCUCCUCUCUGGCCCACAGCCCCAGCAGCUCCUCCAUCAGUUCAGUCAGCUCGGUGGCCUCCUCCGUGGGUGGACGACCGAGCCGAGCUGGGCUGCUGACGGAGACGUCCUCGCGCUACGCCCGGAAGAUCUCCGGCACCACCGCGCUCCAGGAAGCCCUGAAGGAGAAGCAGCAGCACAUCGAGCAGCUGCUGGCCGAGAGGGACCUGGAGCGGGCCGAGAUGGCCAAGGCGACCAGCCACAUCUGCGAGGUGGAGAAGGAGCUGAGCGUCCACAAGGCGCAGCACAUGCAGUAUGUAACGGAGAAUGAGAGCACCCUCCAGCAAGUCAAAGCCCUGUUGGCCAGCACGCAGAAAGAUAAACAGGAACUGGCUAAUCAGCUUGAAGAGGAGAAAAGGAAAGUGGAGGACCUCCAGUUCAGAGUAGAGGAGGAGUCCAUCACCAAGGGAGACCUGGAGACACAGACGAAAUUGGAACAUGCCCAUAUUCGUCAGCUUGAGCAGAGCCUGCUCCUCGAACAGUCGAGAGCAGAGGCACUUCAGAAAGAAUUAGAGAGGAGGAGGCAAACCACAGUUGAAGAGCAGAGUCGUAUCAUGCAACUGGAGGAGGAGCUCACCCUCAGAAGAGCUGAGAUCAAGAACCUCCAGGCUCAACUUAGAGGGUCCGACCCGGGCCCGCAGCAGGCCAACGACGGUGACGCAGCCGCCGGGUCCGACGCCCAACCAGAGACCCUCCUCCUGCGCGAGCAGCUGCUGUCGGCGGGCCGCGAGCACUACAAGGAGAGCAGCGAGCUCAAAGAGAAGUACGAGACGGCAUUAGCAGCGAGCCAGCAGGAGAUAGACGCGCUGAAGGCGGUGGUGGAUAAACAGAACCAGGAGAUCAGUGAGAUGAAGCAGAAAGUCCAGCACGCCACCAAGGAAAACAUGGAAAUGAUGGACACCUGGAAGGCUAAAUUUGACACUUUAGUGAGCGACCACCAGCGAUCCUUGGAGGAACUGAAGGCCUCAUUGAGUAGUGAUCAUGCUUCUUCAGAAGGCCAAGAGCAGGACACCCAGGAGCUGAGAGCCAGUCUGGAGAGCCUGAAGAUGGAGCACCAGCUGGAAGUGGAGAAUCUCAAGGCCAAACAUAAGAUUGAAGCUGCAAUUCUGACCAAGGAACGCGAGGACCUCUGCAAUCGUCUUCAGGAGGCCAAAGACCAGCUGGCCGAGGGCAACCAGACAUGGAGGGCCGAGGUAGAGGCCAAAAGCGUGAAGCAGGCCCUGGAGGAGGCGACUGAUAAGCUACAGAAGGCGGAGCAGAGGCUGGCAGAGAUGGAGAAGCUUCAGAUGGAGCAGGAUAGAAGCACGGAGGAGCUGAGAGAGAGACUGGAGCUGUCAGAGAAGAAGAUGACGGACUACCAAGCCCUGCAGAAAGCCCAGGCAGAGAGCCAGGAGGAGAUCCAGAAACUGGAGGAGAAGCUGAGGGUGACGGCGAACCAGCUCCAGGCCAUCCAGGCAGACCGCUACACCUCCCAUGAUGCAAACGUGAUAGAGGAUAAUGAAAUUUCAGAUGAGAAGAUGAAGCUAAAACAGAGUAUCGAAGAAACGAUGGAGAAGUUGUUGAAAAGGGAAAAAGAGGUCUCUACUCUCACUUCCCAGGUGGAAGCCCUCAAAUCACAGAUGGGAGCGCUGGAGGGCAAAGUUCGGUCAGGGGAGAAGAGAGCCGAGGCCCUGGCCAAGGAGAAGAUGCGUGUGGAGGCAGAGCUGGAGUCCAUGACCAGGAAGUCCCACGAUGCAUCUGGGCAGCUGGUCAGCAUCAGCCAGGAGCUACUGAAGAAAGAGAGGAGUCUGAAUGAACUGAGGGUGCUGCUCCUGGAAUCGCAUCGCCACUCGCGGGACAUGGAGAAAGACCUGAACCGAGAGGUGCACAAGGCCGAGUGGAAGGUCAAGGAGCAGAAACUCCAGGAUGACAUCAAGACCCUGCGAGAAAAACUGCUGCUUCUGGGUCGGGAACGGUCUUCACCCGACCACCGGCGGUACUCGAUGCUGGACCCCUCGGCUCUGGACUCGGAGGUGAACCGCCUGCGCCAGCGCCUGCUCGGCACUGAGGAAGCCCUGAGGAACGCCCUGGAGCACAACCAACAAGUCGACCAGCUGGUCCAGGCCAUGCGCAAGCAUCCGGACAAAAGCCCGGUGCAUGGUGCAAAUUCCGCCAACGGAAUUCAUCAUCAGGAGUCAGACAGUCCUCAAGAUGAGCAACACUGAUAUGAGCAGAAGAGAUGAGGCUGAACUGAGACGUGCGGAGGGACACAACUUAAAAGGAAAAGCUCGUCCGACAUGUCUCCUGACCCUGCGAUGGAAACCAGAAGAACAUUGCAGUUUACAGUUAAUACCAAAACAGCAAAUCUCUAUCCCCAUUGAAUUUAUGUGUUGUUGCAGAAAGCACCUAUUAGCCAAUCAUGAAGACCGCUUAAAGUACUAUAAAAUAUAAUCAGGAAAUGGGACAUGGACAUGAAGAGAGAUUAUCGGUACAACUGCUGAUAACAUACAGUAUGGCAACUUUUGAUGCUUUACACUAGUUAGAAAGUUUGAAUCCACAAGUUGCCAGGAACUCUUUGACAAAUCCGAAUUUUGAUCCAGAAAGCAGAACGGCUGAUGGACAACGAUGUGAAGAACUAAAGAACUGGGUCUCAGUUGCUUUGUUUGUUUUAUUUAUUACUUUUACUUUUGUUCCUCCGCUUUGUAAUAAUGAUCUGUACUGUAGGUGAGCUGUCUUGGCCAGUGACACUCAGAGCAACUCUUGAAGGAUGACGCAGACAGCACUGAGGGAAUUUGACACAUUUGCCGCCUUUCUCGAUACCUGAUGAGAGGACUGGUAGCAAAGUCAUCACAGUUACCCCUUUCCAGUCUUCACACUCCUGCUUUAGUGCAUAUCUGUGGAUAAUCAGCGUCUUUGGACGUAAAACCAAUACUUCACCCCAAAUCUGUCUUUUGAAUAUAAAACACAAAAAGUGGCCAUAAAAUGUCUUUUAUUUUGUCUUUGGUUGAGAUCAGGUUUAAUCAAUUGGGGUUGCAAUGGAUUUAAAAAGUGACCUUUUUUUUUUUUUUUUUUUUUUGUAUGGAAAAAGUUUCAAAACAUCCAGAAAACUUUCUCAGUCACUCCCAUGACGUGAUCUCCUCUCUCCGUCCAUCUGCUGAGUAUGUUCCAAACACUUAUGUCUUUGCCAAAAUAUGGCUAAAUACAUUGCUUGAUCUUCAAGGAAUUCCACAAAGGGACGGUUUUUAAGCAGUCCGUUAUGUUUUUCAUGGAUUUUAUUUUUUACCUUUUAUUUUUUAUUUUGUUUGGCCUUGGUCUUUUCUCUUUUAUGAAGCCAGUUACAAAAAGUGUGCAACAACCCUGUGCUGUCGAGCUAACAUUAACUCUUGAACUAUCCCGAAUAAAAGUCUUCAUUAAGUAACCAA